AUGGCGGACUAUUCCCAUAUUGGGAAUGGUUCCUAUGCGGAUAAAUCACUGGUAAAAGCUGCGGAAAUCUCGAGGGUUGUAAUGACGGCCCAAGGUCCACGAGAAAUGUUACCAAACAGCGUGAAUGGUCUUCCAGCUCUGCCCAACGGCUCUACAUUUAAGAAAGGACAGCUUAGACAAGCGCCUUCUUAUCUCUUAGGAAAACCAUUACACGAUUUCGACGCGACGGGUAAUGGGUCGCCGGCCAAACCAUCCAAGGAAACGUUCCUGGUCCUUAGUCGCCGGUCGAAGAUGUCGAACGACCAAGCUUACAGAUUCAAUAUGUCUAAAUCGCUCUUCCUCUUUGAACCACUUCAUCCACUCAGACUGUUGGCCAUCAAGAUCAUCACUCAUCAAUAUUUUGAAUUUUUUGUCAUAUUCAUUAUUCUGAUAAAUUGCAUCUGCCUGGCUUUAAACAACCCCCCAGAGGAAGCAGAAUACAUAUUUACCUUCAUCUACACAUCGGAGAUGUUUCUUAAGAUCAUUUCUCGUGGGUUUGUUCUCCAUUCUUACGCGUAUCUGAGAAACCCUUGGAACUGUUUGGAUUUUACAGUGGUUAUACUGGGAUAUGUAACGUUUUCACCGAAUGUCGCAAACUUUUCUGGAAUAAGAACUGUGCGUGUUUUAAGAGCGUUACGUACGAUAUCUGUUCUGAAAGGUUUGAAGGCGAUGGUUAACACGUUACUUCGGUCAAUGAAAAUGCUGAAGGAUGUCCUUAUUCUAUUCGUCUUCUUUCUCGCUGUUAUGGCGCUUAUCGGCCUCCAGCUGUUUGUGGGUCACCUCAGAUACAAAUGCGUGCUCGACGACGAUUCACUCAGCACCGCAUACAGAGCAAAUAACGAAAGUUUUUGGAUUUACGAAGAGGGUAGACCAGUCAUCUGUGGAAAUGGGACAGCCGCGAGGACAUGCCCCACAAACUAUACGUGCUUGCCUGAUGCCGGGCCGAAUCCUGAUUUUGGUUACACGAACUUUGAUCACAUGGGAUGGUCUUUGGUAAUGUCAUUUCAGCUUCUGACGAUGGACUUCUGGGAAAAUAUCUACAACAAGAUUCUGGCAUCCAGUGGAAUCUGGUGCGUGUUCUACUUCCUUGGGGGCAUAUUUUUCUGCUCUUUUUACCUUUUAAAUCUCGUGCUAGCCGUGGUUGCUUUAUCUUACGAACUGGAGAUCAAAUCUAUCCACAAAGAGACCGCGAGACAGAAACAUGAAAACAAAACUGCCAUGUCGUACCCAGCAGACUCCGACACACUGGAACACCUUCAUCCGCUGACCACUAAAGUUCAGGUUCUUAUCAAGACAAUUCACUCCAUCAGAACUCAAAAGAAGGUUGAAGAGAUUACCUUUAGAGUCCCGAAAGAGCCGCCUCCCCCGUCACUGCUUCGCCUUAUCGGAAGUAAAAACUCUUUCAAAGAAAUUCUUGACGAAAAAAUGAAGAACGAGGCAUUUCGUACAAAUAUGACGUGGAAAAGGCGCCUUCAGAGAAUGAUGUGUGACGUUAUGGGUCACUCUAUUGUGGAAGUGACUAUUAUGGGGUUCAUUCUCGCCAAUACAGUGGUCCUUGCCGUGGAUCAUCAUCAGAUUGACUCGCAGUUCAAAAAGGUCCUUGACGUGCUGAAUUUGAUGUUUACCACCAUCUUUACUGUGGAAAUGAUUCUGAAACUUGUUGCGCUGGGUCCAUUGUACUACAUUCAAGGCAAAUGGAACAUAUUUGAUGGUAUCAUCGUCAUCAUCAGCUUAGUGGACACAGGACUUGAGCUAGCGGACUUCAAAGAAUCCUCUGGAACCAGUGUCUUCCGAACAUUUCGCUUGUUUAGAAUCUUAAAACUGGCGCAGUCCUGGGAGACGAUGCGAAGACUAUUGUCUACAAUAUCCAACAGCGUUGGACCAAUCGGCAACAUCACCCUCAUCCUGGGUCUUGUGAUUUACAUCUUUGCCUUGAUGGGAAUGAAGAUGUUUGGUAAAUCAUACACACCAGACAAGUUUGGAGAGGACGGUGUGCCACGAUGGAACUUCAACGACUUCUGGCACGCUUUCAUGAUGGUUUUCAGAGUCCUGUGUGGGGAAUGGAUCGAGCCCUUAUGGGAUUGCAUGAGAGCAACCAGCCCUGCUGCUGCCAUUCCCUUCUUCAUUCCAGCUUUUGUCAUCGGCAAUUUUAUUGUUCUCAAUCUAUUUCUAGCCCUGCUCCUUAACGCUUUUGACAGCGGUGAUGAAGAAGAGGAAGAAGGUGCGAACGAUGAUGAUGACGAAGAGGACGUAUUCAAAAAACUCCUAAGGAAGCUAACGAAAACCAGGAAGAUUCCGGUGUUCCCCGUCUCUGAUCAUCGCUCGGGUGAUGGAAGCUGCAAUUCCUCUCAAGAAAUACAAGCCUUUGGCAGGGAGAAAGAUAAUAGAAAUGUAAGGAAGUUUAGCCAGGGAAGGGAAUACUCGACCGUAGCUAAUAUCAUUCCUGGUGUAACUUCAAGCCCAAACCGCCAAGGAAAGUCACCAGUACAACCAGCCGAAGUUGACGACUGUUUCCCAGAGUUCUGUAUGUCACCUUUGACUAGUUGCGCCUGCUGCAAGAAUAUUACGUGCAACAACUGGCUGUUGUUUCGCUGGCGCACACGGACACUUGUGGAACACAGAUACUUUGAAUGGUUUAUUCUAUUCACAGUGCUUAUAAGCAGUUUAGUUCUGGUGUUUGAGGAUGUGUACCUUCCAAGCAAGCCUACGCUACAAAAAGCUCUGGAAAACCUGAAUUACUUCUUUGCGUUCAUCUUCGCCUUAGAGUUUGUCCUAAAACUUAUAGGAUUGGGCUUGGUUGGAUAUUUCUCCUCGUUUUGGAAUUGCCUUGAUUCGUUAAUAGUCGCGAUUUCACUGGUGUGUGUGUUUGAAGAUCAAACUUUGGCAUCUUUGCGCUCUCUGAGGACAGUGAGAGCUUUGAGGCCAUUGAGAGCAGUUUCACGUCUGGAAGGGAUGAAGGUCGUCGUAAAUGCUCUCUUUUCUGCCAUACCUGGAAUAGCCAAUGUGCUGUUGGUUUCCUUGUUAUUCUGGCUGAUCUUCAGUAUCUUAGGAGUCCAGCUUUUCGCCGGGAAGUUCUAUAAAUGCAUAGAUAUGGAUGGCGAGCGCGUAUCAGCAGAAUUAGUGCCUAACAAAUUCACGUGCCUGAAGUAUCCUGAGAAAUAUCGAUGGAUGAACUCAAAUGUGAACUUCGAUAAUGUCAUCAACGGCUUUCUCGCCUUGUUCCAAGUUGCAACAUUUGAAGGGUGGAUGGAACUUAUGGAUGAUGCAGUGGAUUCAAAAGAGGUAGAUGAACAACCUGCAGACGAGAGUUACCUCGGUGCUUACAUUUACUUCGUUAUUUUCAUCGUUAUGGGUGCUUUCUUUGUGCUCAACUUGUUUGUUGGAGUCAUAAUUGACAACUUUAACAGUUUGAAGAGAAGAUACGAUGAGCUGAGUUAUAUGGGGAUGCUACUGACUGACGCCCAAAGGAAGUGGGUGGACAUAUUAAAGGAAUCUGCAAAAAGUAAACCACCAGACAACUCAAUCAAACCACAGAACAAGGUUCUACAACUUCUGUAUGACCUGGUUACCAGUAAAGUCUUUGAGAUGGGAAUACUGGGGAUGAUUAUGUUGAACAUGUCCGUUAUGAUGUGGCAACACUAUGGCCAAUCGGAAGCGAUGACAAGUGCACUUCAAGUGUUCAAUUGGAUAUUUACAGCGGUCUUCAUCUUGGAAGCUGCGAUGAAACUUGUUGCAUUACGCCAGUAUUAUUUUACCAAGGCCUGGAACAUCUUUGAUUUCUUCAUUGUAAUUGCUUCAAUUAUUGGAUUGGCGAUGGAAGAACUAACCACAGGAAACAUCAGAUUUAUGAAUCCAGGUCUCCUCCGAGUCCUUCGCGUUGCAAGAGUAGCUAGAUUACUAAGGAUCCUGCAGUUCGCAAAAGGAAUCCGUCAGCUUCUCGUAGCGUUGAUAAUUUCGUUACCAGCCCUCCUAAAUGUCGGCACACUGCUCUUCUUGGUCAUUUUUAUAUAUGCCAUCAUUGGGAUGUCAACGUUUGGCCACGUAAAGAAACAAAAGAACCUGGACGAUACGGUAAACUUCGAGACUUUUGGCCGGUCUAUGAUGCUGCUAUUUCGUUUGUCUACGGGAGCAGGCUGGAACGACAUUCUGGAAUCUCUAAUGCUUCGUGAACCCGAUUGCGAUCCAGACUAUGGGGGAUUCCCGAAUGGUAACUGUGGAUAUCCCGUGGGGGCAGUCAUUUACCUUGUAUCAUACAUUUUCAUAGUUUUCCUCAUCAUUGUAAACAUGUACAUUGCUAUAAUCCUAGAGAAUGUAAACAGAGCUCAAGAAGGAGGGCUUGUCAUCAAAAAGGAAGAUCUAGAUAGCUAUUAUGAAAAGUGGGCAUCGUUUGUGACCGAUGGAAAACAGUAUCUUCUCGUUGAUCAAGUGUCGGACUUCGUAGCUCACCUUAACGAGCCUUUCAAAAUUCCAAAGCCAAACGAACAAGAGCUUGUUAGAAUGGGAAUCAACGUUCGGAUGGGAUAUCGGGUUCAGUGCUUCGAUCUCCUUCGAUGCUUAGUCAAGCGUCUUUUGGAGCAGAAAGGCGAAUCACCACUUGCCUUUGAGCAAAUAGCAUCCAAGUUAGAAACACAUUUUAGAAGGCGGGGAGUCAGAAAGAAAUCACGCAUCAGCAAAUCUCGCUCUACUUCUAAUGAAAUAUCUAGUGAAGAAUUUGCUACUGUGUCCUUAACUGAUGAAACUUUAAAGGAAGAUGGUUCGAUUCCUGCUAUCACAGCAGCUGAGAACAGCAGCGUUUUGGAAAAAAGUGAUUCUUCUCCUAAAAACACGACUCCUCCUCGUACAAAAUACCGGGAUCCAAUUUCUACAGCUUUGAUGUUUCAAAGCGCCAUUAAGCGCUUCUUGGACAAGCGCCGUACACGUGGGACAGUAACGUUUCCGAUGACAAAUGGUUUCUCCAAUGAGAGUGUACCGAGAUGUUCUUGCAGUCCAUUAUCUUCGAUUUCCAGCGAUCAGGAAGUGGGCGAUUUCAUGUUCGGCCUUGAACUAACUCCCGGAAGUAGAUCUCAAAUUUCUUUUGACAGUGCACAUGGCAGCAACUCGCCAGGAUGCUUAUCAUACGACCCAUUUGACUCAGAUGGCGACAGCGUCUGAUAAUGACUUCAUCAGGUUUUAACGAACUUAACAAUUAAAAAAUUGAGUAGAACGAUCGAUAAAGGGUAGUGUUUAAGUGUAAAACACAAUACAAAGUGGCUCUCGUUCCAAAUUACUUACCCGAUGGAAAAGGAAAGUUAAUUUUGUUUGUCCUAGUAAGCCACUCCAGGCCUCGGAGGACCAGGAAAAUUGAAUGAGUGAGCUAAACGAGGCAAAUUAAUAAAGGCAUCAGCCCGAAGUCGCCAUUAGCGAUUGAACUACCACUUCCAAUGAAUGGAGCAACAAAACAUGAAAAUAGAA